AUGAGUAAAUUAAGCCUUAAAAGGCAAGAUUUGAGAAAUGAGGAACUUGAGUGUAACAAUCUAUCCCCGAUAAAACUAAGUAGUACCAUUGAAAUAUCGAGUGAUGAGAGUGAUGGCUCUGAGGUUCAUAAAAUAAGAGAGAGUGGCCAAGAACCAGUAGUUUCCUCUACGUUGAAUAAAAAUUAUAGUGAAGAGACACUGUUGAAGUUUCAAAAGUCAACAGACAGUAUACAAUCUGAUGAAGACAUAGGAGAACCAUUAUUUAACACAGAUUCUAAGCCAGGAACUUCCAUGUUUAAUUGGAACCAGCAAAAGAAAAACUUUGACCGUAACAUUCACACUGACUCUGACUCUUCCGACGAUUCCAAUCAAGGUUUAAGAUGGUUCCAACACAAGAAAGACCACAAAAAGCAUAAGAGUAUUCACAAAACUGAACCUCAGAGUAAAGGUAAACUCAACAAAGAUCCUGUGCCCCAAGUGGGAAUACAACAUGAGCAAUUGAUAUCUGGGAUCAGAGUGAAGCUUCCUGUGAAGCCCUACUCUUGCCAGGUUGCUGUAAUGAAUAAGCUAAUACAAGGCUGUGUAAAAAAGGAGAACUGUCUUUUGGAGAGUCCUACAGGCAGUGGAAAGACCCUGGCCCUUCUGUGCGGUGUCCUGGCAUGGCAUGAUCAUUACGUUGGACCACGUACAUGUGUGACUCAGUUAAAAAUUCCAAAAAUUUACUAUGGAACAAGAACUCAUAAGCAGAUCGAACAAGUCGUGAGGGAAUUGAAAAAGACCUGUUAUAAGCACAAAAAAAUGACUAUUUUGAGCAGCAGGGAGCACACGUGUAUCCAAGAGUCCACUAGGAAUAAAACGGACCUUUGCAACGACCUACUGGAUCCUACUAAGCGCCAAUCGUGUCCUUUUUACAACGACAACAACAAGAAGACAAUUUCCUCGUUUCCAGCUGUCGAAAAUCGAGGAUUAAAUGCAGUAUGGGACAUCGAAGAUCUAGUAGCCAUAGGAAAGAACGAAGGAUUAUGUCCAUACUUCGCUGCAAGAAGCUUAAUGGAACACGCAGACAUUAUUUUCUGUCCUUAUAAUUACAUCGUUGAUCCUGACAUUCGUGAAAGUAUUCAGCUCGAUUUGAAAGAUCAAGUGAUCAUUUUGGACGAGGCUCACAACAUAGAGGAUAUUUGUAGGGAAGUUGCGAGCGUGACUUUUCGUGAGGAUCACCUCGCAAGUACUGCACACGAAUGCGAGAGCCUUGCGAAAACGAGAGCCGCGGAUUUUUCGGUUUAUGAUACUAUCAAAGUGUAUAUCCAGAAAUUGGUGAAAUUUCUGAAGAACAUUGGUCUUGAAAAACAUCGGGACUACAACAGCGAUAAUUUAUCGAGCCCUUACUGGACUGGUGCAGAGCUUCAGGAAUUAUUCAAUAUGCACGAGCUCGGCGAAUCCGCUUAUUUGACGUUUCUGGCGGCUAGCAAAGCGGCGAUCGCAGAUUUGAAGAAGGCGAAAGAGGAGAAUAAAAUGUUUUUGAAAACGGUGAAACCGGUCAUUUCUCCCAGCACCAAGAUCGUCAUCGAGCACCUAAUGUUUGCCAUACGAAUGGUCACCUCUGAGCAGUACAUGAACGACUAUAGGGCUUGUGUGACUGAAACCACCGUGAAAGAUUUCAAAUACGCAACUGAUAACACGUGGUAUUCAGCGAAGAAACAAGAACACCGUGCAAGAUCGCUGAAGUUAUUAUGCAUGAAUCCUGGUGUAAUAUUCUCACCGUUAGCAAAUAACGCUCGCUCUAUAAUCCUCGCGUCCGGUACUCUGACUCCUGUAUUGUCCUUCCAAAGCGAAUUAAACACACCGUUCGUGCACGUGUUGAACACUGGACACGUGAUACCAAAGGAGCAAGUUUAUGCAACCUGUGUGCCAAAAGGGCCUAAUGGAAUCUAUCUGAAGGCUAAUUAUCAGAACGUGAACAGUUGGGGCUUUCAGGAUGAACUAGGAAAAAUGCUAGUAGAUGUCUGCGAAUCUGUGCCCCAUGGAGUCCUCUGUUUCUUCUCCUCCUACAACGUGUUGCACACACAAAUGGACAGAUGGAAGAGCAAUUUCAUUUGGAACAGGAUCGCCAGUGUCAAGCAAGUAUUCAUAGAACCACGUUACUCUGGUGAUCUCACGGCAAUUAUGAAGGAAUACCGUGAAGUGAUAGAGGAAACCUCGUCUGGACCAAGAGGAAAAAUCAAUGGAGCUUUACUUCUGGCAGUUUUCAGAGGAAAGGUUGCUGAAGGAAUUGAUUUCAAGGAUGAUGAAGCUCGUUGUGUAGUCACUGUUGGUAUACCAUAUGGAGUGAGGAAGGACCCGGUGAUUGACAUGAAAUUGAAGUAUAACGACAUGAAUGUCAAGAGAGGUCUAUUGAGAGGCUCAGAUUGGUACUCUAUACAGGCAUUCAGAGCUCUGAAUCAAGCACUAGGACGUUGCUUGAGACACAUUCACGAUUGGGGAGCAGUGUUGCUGGUAGACGAAAGGUUUCUGCAGUCAGAGAACAAAGAAAACCUCCCAAAAUGGGUCAAAACGAUGUGGAUCAGGCACAACGAGUACAACUUAAGGGAGGAUCUUCGGAAGUUUGUGGCGAAGCAGAAGGCAAAAGGAAGGAAAGAAUAA